AUGACCAACCAUACCCUACUUCCAGACGACGAACCCCGCGUUGCCAGCGCCGGCUUCGGGUUUGAUGAUGACGCCGUGCCGGCGGUGUCCGACCCCUGCGCGACGGGAACCCGCUCCAACGUGAAGGUCGUGUCGGCCGGUGGACUGGUGUUCCGGGAGACUGGCGACCUGAUCGAGACCCUGCUGUGCGCCCGCGUGCGUCCCGGCUACCAUGGCGAGGACGCGCCGCUGACCUGGCGGCUGCCCAAGGGGACUCCCGAGCGGGGCGAGACCGUGGAACAAACGGCCCGCCGCGAGGUCCAGGAAGAAACCGGCGUACACGUGAAUGUCCUGGCUCCCAUAACCAGCAUCCGUUAUUUCUUUGUUGGCCACGACGACGGCAUCCGCUACGACAAGACCGUCUACUUCUACCUCAUGGAACCCAUGGGCGGCAGCACCUCGGACCACGACACCGAAUUCGACGUGGUGGAAUGGUGCAACUACGAUGAGGCCGUGGAGCUGCUCGAAUACGACAACGAGCGCGAGGUCCUGGCAGCGGCCCGCUCGCUGAUCGGUUCCUACCGGCGAGGCGCGGAGCUAUGA